GAUGGGCGGCUCGUCGGGGCUGGUGGACUGGAGGGGGAGGCCGGUGGACACCAAGAGGCAUGGAGGUGUCAGGGCAUCCAUCUUCAUCCACGGGGUGUCUAGCUUCUAGAAUGCACACCUCUAUUAGUCAACGAAGAUGAGGAGGUGAUUUAUUUGUUUGGCUUUUUUAGAAAAAACCAAAUAAUAUAUUUGUAAAUGAAAAAUAAUUUGUGAAUAAAAGUUUUAUAUAGGUAUGCUAGCUUAGUGAUCUAAAACCCAAGGCUGAAAAAAGCUGCUAAGAUCAACUCUAAAUUUAAGAUCGAAGAUUGAAAUUUUGGCUUAUAAGUACGAACAAAAGCGAAAAUAUGUCGGGUAAGAUUGUUUUAUGCUUGAUCAAUCGCCUUGGUAAUACGAUGCAAGUCUUGUUGUUGUUGUUCAUCAUUAAUUUUUCUGGCAUGUGAAUAUAUCUGGAGCGAAAUGGGGAGACACACACAUAUGUACGUAAUGGAUGGGAAACAAACAAAAACAAAUGAAUGCAUGCAGCGAUGGUGUUGCUGAGCAACUCGGCGAACAUCGCCAACAUAAUGAACCUGGUGAGCUACCUGAGGGGGCCGAUGCGCAUGGGCGUGGCGGAGGCGUCGACGACGUCCAGCAACUACUUCGCGGCGCUGCAGAUGUUCUCCAUCCCCGCCGCCUUCCUCGCCGACUCCUACCUCAGGCGCUUCUACGCCGUCCUCCUCUUCACCCCCAUCGAGAUUUUGGGCUACAUCCUGCUCGCAGUCCAGGCGUCCACCCCGUCGCUGCACCCGCCGGCGUGCAGCAGCAGCGGCGGCGGCGGCGGCGGCUGCGAGCCGGUGCGGGGCGCCAAGCUGAGCCUGCUGCUGCUGGGGCUGUACCUGGUCCCCAUCGGCGACGGCGCGGCGAGGGCGUGCCUGCCGGCGCUGGGCGGGGACCAGUUCGACCCGGCCGACCCCGACGAGCAGCGGCAGGAGGCGAGCUUCUACAACUGGUACACCUUCGCCGUCUCCGCGGGGGGGUUCGUCGGCCUCGUCUUCAUCGUGUGGCUGCAGAACAGCCAUGGCUGGGGCGUCGGCUUCGCCGUCUGCGCCGCCUUCGUCACCGUCGGUCUGCUGCUCUGGGCCGCCGCCUUCCCGCUCUACCGGAACCAGCUCCCCACGGGGAGCCCCCUCACAAGAAUCCUGCAGGUUUUCGUUGCAGCAUUCAAGAAAAGAAACGUAAGGUUACCGGAGAACCCCAGCGAACUAAAGCAAAUCAGCCAAGAUGAUGAUGCCAACGUCCUUGAAGUUCUCCCCAAAACAGAGGGAUUUCGGUGCCUGGAGAAAGCGGCAGUGGAGACCGGAGACGACGCCGGCGGCGCGUGGUCGCUGUGCAGCGUGACGCAGGUGGAGGAGACCAAGAUCGUGCUGCGCAUGGCGCCCAUCUUCGCCGCCGCCAUCCUCAGCUACAUCCCGGUGCCGCUCAUCCUCACCCUCACCGUGCAGCAGGGCAACACCAUGGACACCAGGCUCGGCUCCGUCCACAUCUCGCCGGCGACGCUCUUCCUCAUCCCGACCGUCUUCCAGAUGGCCACGCUCGUCGUCUACGACCGCGUCGUGGUGCCGCCGCUGCGCCGGCUGACGGGCUACGUCGGCGGGGUCACCCACCUCCAGCGGAUCGGCGUCGGCUUCGUGGCCGCCGCGCUGGCCACCACCGUAGCCGCGGUGGUGGAGACAAGGAGGAAGGCCGCCGGCGCCCCGAUGUCCGUGUUCUGGCUGACGCCGCAGUUCUUCCUCCUCGGCAUCGUGGACGUCACCUCCUUCGUGGGGCUCCUCGAGUUCUUCUGCAGCGAGGCGUCCAUGGGGAUGAAGUCCAUCGGCAGCUCCAUCUUCUACUGCAUCCUCGGCGUGUCGGCGUGGCUCGGCAGCCUGCUCAUCCAGGUCACCAACCGCGUCACGCGGCGUGCCGGCGACGGCGGCGGGGGCGGGGGGUGGCUGGACGGGGCCAACCUGAACGACGGCAAGCUCGACCGGUUCUACGGCCUCCUCUGCGUCAUCGAGGUGGUGGCGAUGGUGAUCUACGUGUUCUUGGCGAGGAGGUAUGUGUACAGGAAUAACCAGAGAGUGGUGGCACAAGGAGAGAGCAAGGGUAGUAAUAACACCCAAAAUGGAUUGGAUGUGAUCCAGCCAUGAAUAUUUUGUGUCUAUGUUCACCUUGUGUACCAAUACACUGCUAAUAAAUAUAUUGUUCCUAUA